AUGCGCAACUACGAUCAUCAACUCUACAAUAAACAUCCGAAACGCAACUCUGGAAAUCGAGUUGAGGGUCUGACACGGAAGAAAAGCAACAGAUCAAUGACAAAAAAUGAAGAGAUACGAGAUGACAUGAUCCGAUUUUUUGAAGAAAAUUCCGUUCUUGACACAAGAUGCAGAAACGAGGCGACGGUUGCUGGAGAAGUGAAGAGAAAACGGCUUCUUCAGAAGCCCUGUUGGGUUUUGCUCCAGAAAUACGAUGAAGAGAAGAAGAAAGAGGUCGCAGAAAGGCGCCAGCGGAAUGAAAAUGUGAAAGACCCCCCGAGUAUAAGUACUUAUCGUCGAAUUUAUGUUGAAAACUUCUCGAAAUGGCUUCGACUCGCAGACAACAACGCAAUAUUGAACUGUUAUUGCCCAGUACACCUACAAAUGGAACUCUUCACAUCCGCGAUCAACAGAUAUGCGCUUGCAGCUCCCAUAACAGAUGCUGAUCUUGUUGAGUUCUCGAUUUGUGAAAAUUCUGGCCAUCGACUGAAGUGCAUAGAAAACUUGUGCGAGUACUGUAACGAUACAGAAAUCGGAUAUGAACAUUCAAAAGCAAGACUUGAAGACCAUUUUCAUGGUGUACCACCAGAUGCCGAAAUCACUUACGCCCAACUUGUUGAAGUCGAACGCACCGAUGCCAACCAAAACGCAUACAAGAGAGAACAGCUUGUGAUGCAACUUGCUACUCGUGACGAGUUCAUCGCUGUAGUAAGCGACUAUCUUCAACGUGGUUGCCUUGCUACAGGAGCACAGAGGAAGACCAUCAAUCACUACGAACUUGUGAGAGAGUCAAAAGACUUCCGAAAAGUGAAUCUUGGCAACUGUACAUAUGACAAGGACUCGAUGCUUCUUGUCACUGACUAUGCGAUGGGAGUCAGCUGCAGAGAAUUAUGCGAAACUUCCAAUAUGCAUUUCAAGAGAGACAGUUACCCCUUGCUCUCGAUCAUAAGCUACGGAGUUGACCAGAACAACAAUGCGAAGAAGAUAUACAACCAUCUUCUAAGCGAGAUCCGAGUUGUCAAAGAUGUCGAGUUCAGCCUAGCCGGGAUCAAAUUCGCGCUUGAGAAUGCUGUUGCUGCUGUUGGCCCGAAGAAAAAUUUGUGGAUUCAGUCAGACGGGGCUGAAUCUCAAUUCUGGUCCAAAGAAAUGUUCUCUACCCUCCCAAGAUACUUCAACUUGCUCCAAGCCUAUCAAUUCCAAUCGAUUAUUUGGUAUAAAACAGUCUCUGGGCAUGGGAAAGGAGAGAUCGACUCCUCCCACGGAUGCGUAAAACAGGACAUUGUCCGACAGUACAAUCACCUUGGGGGCUCCGGAUUCGGUGGCGAGCGUUUGGAAAAUAUUGGAGUGGUCGAUUCUGCUUCUCAACUCGUAAAUUUCCUCAAUCAACAACGAAAGGAUCAUUUUGGAACUCUUGAGAAGAAAAAAGAAGACAGUAAUGGCUACACUCUGGCUGGCCGAUACAUUUCCGAGUUCAUUAAUGAUCCCAAUUUCCCGUUGCCGACUCCCCACUACGACCAGCUGCUGGAUCCGAGCAAUCGCAAGGUAAUCCCUAUUCAUUGUCGAUUUUCCGGAAACAAGUCUUUAGACCUUGAAAUCGCGGCCCAGCAUGUUGCUUCCGCGGCUGCCGAUACAAGCGACGCGCUCUCAUCGGUUAUCGAGGCUGGGCAAUCAAUUCUGCUCGACGAAUCGAUGGACAGCUUCCACAAUCCACCACCUCGACGAAGCUCCUCUCUUCGCGAUCCUGCUCCCUUCAACGCCUCUUCUGGCAACACCACUGGACCCAACAGCUCGUCCUCCUCCGCCGAAAAGACCGUCACCCUCCCACAUGUGCGAAACCAAUGGGUUAACGAAGGCUCCACUCUCGUCGAAGAACCCGUUGCUCGCCCAAACGACAACACUACCAGCGCCGUCCCCACCAGCGACUGCUCCUGCGAAGAAAAGUCGCCCAAGCUUCCCCAGAAGCGCAACUGGGAAAUGGAUGGAUCGACUGAUCCUGAGAAUCGCCCCCGAAAGCGAUUCCAAGACGGCCGCGCUCCUCCCACCAGCUCCAGCGACGACAGUGUCAACGACACCGAUUAUCUGCUCGUAAUGGGCGCUCCAGGUGCUGCUGAAAAAGCCCAAGAAAAGGCCAAGAGACGUGCUACUGCUGCUGCUCACGCUCGAGCUUUGAAGAUUGUCGAAUCUUCCUACCGAGCGUUGGCUCCUUCCGACGGCGACUCCUCUCAACCCGACAGCGACGAUUUCGAUGGCGUGCUCAACAAGAGCGAGCCCCGUCGAGUUGUUGUCAACACGAGCGAGGAGAACGACACACCCAACAACUCUCCUGACAGCGACGGCAGCGAGGAGCCCAUGCGCACCACCAACUUUGACCCCUUUGCAAACAGGGGCGAAAGAGGGCUGGACUUGCGAUGGCUCAACAAGCACGAUCGCGUUGUCGUCCGCCAGCCUCACCGAAGACCUUCCGAAGACGCUUCCGGCUCGGACAACGUGUCAAUGGAGGUCCACACGUCCGAGUGGAGCGACUCUUCUGCUGCUGGAGCCUUCCUUGGACAUCCCACCUCCUCCUCCUCCUCCUCCUCGCCCCCGUCUGACAGCAACAGCACGCCCAACGCCAGCACCGUUGCCAACGUUGGCACCGUUCUCGCCGAUGUCAUCGAGGAAAUGGCCGAAUCGAUCAUGGACAUUUCGGAUCUGUCAACCUUGACAGAUCCCGAGACUCCCACCAACGCUCAGCCCCCACUCGGAAAUGGGCUCUCACCCGCGAUGAUGGCUGGCGCUCUUACCGGCCUUUGCGACAACGGAUUUAUCCGUAAUAUGUCGCCAAAAAAAUCGGCUCCGCUCGCUUCUCGAUCAAAGGGCCCGCUUAGCCCUGUUGAAGUGGUCUUGGUUCGCCAGAUGGAUUCCUCGUCGUCUGGCUACAGCUCUGGCUCAAAGAGCGGCGAAGAAGAGCGAGAGCUGAUGGACGUGGACCCGAUUCUCGCGAUCAAGGAGCGAGCUCUUCUUGGCGGCGAAAGCUCAAGCUCCUCCGACGAGCCCACCACCAGCAGUUACAACACCAGCUCCUCCUUCCCAACUGGCUCUUCUUUUGAGCCCAGCUCAAUCAGCGGCAACUCCAACGGCAACUCUUCCUCCAACGGCAACUCCUCUUCCAGCGGCAACUCCUCCUCCAACGGCAACUCCUCCUCUUCCAACGGCAACACCUCCACCAGCGGCAACUCCUCCUCAAACGGCAACUCCUCCUCAAACGGCAACUACUCUCCCAACGGCACCGGCAACACCUUCAAAGGUUCCAUCGUCACCGUCUUUGACGAAGUCGAUGUUGGCGCCGACCUUGGCGAAACAACCAUCGUCGCGCCAGCCACGCCUGCUAACCGAUCUGUCGUCACCGUACCUGGCGGCAGCGUCGCUGCUCCCGACGAGAGCGUUUUUGUUGGCGGCGCCGACGUAAGCGGCAUUUCUGGCGUCGAGCCCCUCAACGCCACCGGCACCGGCCCUUCUCCCAACGCCACCGUCCUCAACGGCAGCGGCAACGGCACCAACGGCAACUCCACCAACGGCAACUCCACCAACGGCAACGGCACCUACACCGAGCUCCGAUCCGGCGAGAACGGUCAGAUUGGCGAGCAGGGCAACAUUGUCCUUCGGGCGUACCGACGGGAUGGAACUUUGGGCCGGCCAACCGACUUCAACACCCCGCGAAUCUUUCGCAUUGAAAGCUUUGUCGAGCCGCCACACAAAGCUCCGGCCGACGCGACCCCCUUCCAAAAGCAGCUGGUCUCCCUCAAGAACAACCUCGCCGAGAUCUACCUCAACCACGACAACUUCCGCGAGGAAUUGGCGAAUGGAGAAGUUGGGGCGUUGAUCCUCGUCAAAGACGAAAAUGGGCGUGUGACCGCGUUCAAGAAUAACAUUGUCUUGCAGCGACGAAAUUAA